AUGACGGACUGCGCUACGUUUCCAGGCUCGGGAUCCGACCCAAUGCUGAAAGGCCUGGCUAUGUCGUCUGCUAGGCUCCAACGGUCGAGCGUUCGUGCUAUGGAGUGCGUCCAGGAGCCGUUGGUCCUUCGUCCGACAUCGCGGACGCAAGCUUCGCUUUGCCUCGACUGCACUCCGCACCACGGCGCCCCGGGCGCCCAGAGACUGCGCGGCCAGCUGCCGAGCGCUUUCACCCAUCGAGCUCCGUUGCAGGCUUGGGGGCUGAGGGGCCUGUGCCUAGGAGCUGCUGGAGUCGCCGCCCAACGUGGCCGUCGCGUGCUGCAGAGGCGGCGUGACUCGCAGGUUCACCCGCGAUCGCGAAGCACACUCUCGGCCGGUAUGCUGCCCGAGGGCCCAUUGGUGAAGGAAAAGCGGGGUGCAGGCUCGGGAAGGCUCGGCUAUUCCCAGAAGUAUGCAGAGGAGGACGACGACGAGGAAGAAGGGCCAAUGACAACUAUCCUUGACUUCAACAACACUGAGGAGCGCCUCGAAAGAAUCAAGGAUGUGACACGAACACCUGUCACGCUGCUGACUGGCUUUCUAGGCUCAGGAAAGACCUCACUGCUCAAGCACAUACUCGAGAAUCAGGAGGGUGUGCGAAUCGGAGUUGUUGUCAACGACGUCGCCGCUGUAAACAUUGACGCUCAGUUGAUCCAGAGGUACGAGAAGAAUGGCGCCAUUGAGAUUGCGGAGCUUGCUAAUGGAUGUGUUUGUUGCACAGCAUCUGAUGAUCUGGUGGCAUCAGUACAAGAGCUGGUGAACAGGUGUUACGGAAGGCCGUUCCAUCAUGUGGUGAUCGAAAUGAGCGGUGUCGGUGAGCCAGAAGCCAUCAGGCGGCACUGGGACAUUGGCGUGGAAGUGGGCAUGCCUGCCACUUUGCUCACAGAGAUCAAGCGGACGAUCGCGGUGGUGGAUGCCAGUCUCUUUGGGAACGACUGGAUCGACAGCCGAAAGGCGUCGGCAAGGAACGAGCAAGGCAUGCCGCUGCCACACAAGGGCUUCGAGACGGUUGGCCAGCUUCUGGCUGAGCAGGUCGAAAAAGCAGAUCUCGUGCUGAUGAACAAGAUCGAUCUCGCCAGUGAUGAGGAAGCAAAGACCACCGAAGAGGUGCUGAGGGCAAUCAAUGGCGAUGCUGAUGUGAUUCGGUGCAGCUAUGGCAAGGUGAGCCCCAUCGAACUGCUCCCAGAGAUCCCCGAGGGGAUCAAGUAUCCCGAGUUCGGGCGAGGACGAAACUACCGGUGGGCACAGAACCCUCAAGUUCUGCAGCUCCGCGUCAAGGUUCCAGCCGACGCCAAGUCCAAGGACAUCAACUUUGACAUUGGCCGAACUUGGCUACAGAUAUGGGUGCAGGGCGAGCAAGUGCCUCGACUACAAGGAAAGCUCUUCGGUCGGCUGAAGGGAAUCGAGGAAUGGAUUUGGGAGCUGGAUGGUGAAGGCGAUGACCGCCACGUCGCGGUAUUUCUGGAGAAGAGCCAGGAGGGCAUGUGGGAGGACAUCUGGCAGAAAGACCUGCCCGAUCAGCCGGCGCAAGAGCACGAGCCCGUGGCGGCGGCAGAGGAACUCUCGGAGGGCCCCGCAUUGGCCGGUAGAGGUGCCCAUAACGGCCGGGGCAGGCAGCGCCUUUUUGGGAGGAACGCCCGGGCAGCUGGCAGAAGAUUUGGCAUCCGAACGUUCACGUACGAGCGACGCAGGCCUUUCAGCGCGGUUCGCCUGCAGAGGUUGAUCGAAGAUUGGCCCUUGCCACGGAAGAAGCAGGCUUUCGGAUUAGACGAGCUAGAGGUGGACGCAGAAGUCGAGGGCCUUCAGGCGCUGAAGCCCAUUCUGCGGUCCAAAGGCUUCUGCUGGGUGGACUCCGAGCCUUUUCGGGUCAACGAGUGGUCUCACGCGGGCAGGUCUCUGUCGGUGCUUCCAAAGGACUGGUGGUGGGCCGUCUUGAAGCCGGACCAGUUGAACUUCCAAGUAUGUUACCCCGGUGCGAAGGCGCAGUUUGAGCGAGCGCGCCGGGAGAAGUGGCAGGAAGAGUGGGGGGACAGACGGCAAGAGCUUGUCUUUAUCGGUGGGCCGGACAUGCGCGAGCAGUGCAUUUCCAAGAUUCUGGACAGCUGCUUGCUCCGGGACUCCGAGCUGGAGCAGUUCAGAGAAAGCACGGCAGAGACGUAUCCCCCUGAUACCUACUUCGGGGUCGAGGGCCUACUUCGCCAAAUGGGGGAGGACCCCGCUGCUUUCGCGGAAGGUUCCCAGCCAAGUUCCCAGGCAGAGGUCCUCAAUGGCUCCAGCGAUGCAUGGGCCUUAGCCAGGCGGAAGAGGCAAGCACCCGCCAGGCAGUCCUCCUACCCGAGGUUGACGAUAGCGAUGUACAGGCUGCUCGCUGCUGCCCUCCUCCUAGUCCUGCUGGCGAGUGCUGCGGCCGGAGAAAAAUGCGAUCUAAACAUCCCGCACAGGCCCAGGCAAGGGCAAACAUUGAAACUUAUCAAGCGCGACUGGGCCUCGCACCAGCUUGUCACGGAAGUCGCGGCUAUUCUGCUGGAAGAGAUUCUUAUGUAUGAUGUUGUCCGCGUGAAUCCGGACCUAGGCCCCGUUCACGAUUUCAGAGCGAUUUCUUUGGGGGAGGCGGAUGCAAACUUCGAAGUUUGGCAGGGUGGUAAAGAGGCACAGAUAGAGGAGUGGGUUCGACGUGGCGAUGCUUUCGUGGCAAACUCUCACAGCACGGUUGCCGCCAGUGGCCUGUACACCUUGAAGCAUACCGUGGACAGAUAUCCUGAAGCUGCCUUCUAUCAAUAUUUGCAGACUCCCCGGCUUCAGUGGAUAUUUGCAAGACAAGAGGUUGCAGGCGAGGCUGCCGCUGAUCCUACUGGUUUGUGCGCAGAUCCAGAAUGGAAUUGCACCAACUUCACCUGGCAACCACCGGCAUGCAUUCUUGAGCAGCAAAUCGCCAACAAUGCUUUGCCGCUGGCCGUGCAGUACCUGACCACCGUUAACAAGGAAAGGGAGAUUUGGGAAGCAUAUGCUUCUAAGCGCGACAUCCUCUUCCAGCAUCACUAUCCAGAUGCCGGAGUGGAUGGCGUCCCCGCCAGCACCUUCGUGCCCAUCCACUUCGCACCGAAGAAGUACGGCUGCAACUCCACGGAGACCCGCUUCCCUACGGGAGGUUUUGCGUGUCGCCUGGACGGGAAGCCGCUCCAGAUCCUCGUGUCACCAAAAGUCGAAGCGUCUCCGGACGCCAAGCACUUCGCCUCGAGGUUUCGAUUGGACGACAAUGACUAUGAGAAGCUGUUCCAAGCCUGGCGAGAUGCAGACGGUGAUGCGAAAGUGGCAGCUUGUAGGUGGCUGCAGCGUGAGGGGACUGCGAGAUGGGGCAGCUGGAUUAGGUUCAGCAAACAGGUCCGCAUGAUUGAGAACUUUCCGCCAACUUCCGGCUGCUUCCCAACGUUCUACCUUUUCCUUCUCUUGACGGUGGGAACGGCUUUCCUGUUCAAGUUGCCACGGAUGCUGUGGACCUGCAAGAAGCGGUGUCGCCGGACUUGUCAGGCCCUGAAUCCGAACUGGGAGCCAACGGACUUGUCGGACAUUGACAGGCGUCAGAAAGAUCGUGCCUUGUACACUCGGGCAGACUUCACCUCCAAAUUGGUCGCCUGCAAGCACGUCCAGUUCGUGGAGGUCAAGAUGGCACUUCUGAGAGGCUCGAUGGGCUUUGCGAGCUUCUAUCGUGAUGAAGAGAACUUCUGCCUUGGCAAUGGUGAGUCAAGCAUCCCACCGCCCGCUGGAUCGUGUUUCCGGCAGAUGUACACCUCGCCAAUGCAGGUUCUGGUCUACAUCAUGACAUCCGGGCUGAUGCGGACAGCCUUUAGUGCAUUGACCUUUGCCUUUGCCACUGGGAUGGUCGGGGCAUUAUUGGCGGAAGUCAGAUCCACCAUCGACAAGAACAAGCAAGUGGACCCAACUCUCCAAGACGAAGAUUGGUACACCUUGUUCUUGAUGAAUAUGCAGACAGUCGCCUCAAUCAUGGACGACUUUAAGUUUCUACCCACUUUCUUCAUCACCUAUAUGAUAGGGCAGGAUGUGACCCGAUGGCUGAAAUGGCUUCAGACAAUGUUCAGCAUCCAGGGCCGACUGCACGACCUUGGCUUGGUGAUUGCAAGCUCCUACCGCAAGCUGAACGAUCCAUGUGUGGGAAAGCAGCAGCGGCAAAUGCUGUUCAAAUGGUACAGGUAUCUCAAUGCGAUACACUACUUGGCAUAUUUCAAGCUCGAUCCCCGCAUAGGAACGUCUCCCGACCAAGUUGUACAGGACCUUCGGACUAUGGGCUUGCUCGUGGACAGCGAGUGCUUCCAGAUACUUAUGGCAAGUGCGAAGCUACGAGACACUCUCGUUUCCUGGCUUGGUAUUCUGUGGCACGACGAGCUCGAGCGAGGCUUCGUUCAGGCGGCAGACUCGGAUGUAUUUAUGCGAAAAGUUUGUGACCUGCGCGGUAUCUUGGCUUCUCUCGCAGACAUGCCAGACAUGCAAACGAGCCAGCUGGUUAGAGUCAUGAUGGUGGUGGUUACGAACAUCUUGCUGUCGCUGGCCUUAGUUGGUUAUCCGACAAAGAUGUACGAAGAGACCAAGCAGUGCUUCCAAUUUUGGCCACUGGUCGCUUCCUAUUUGUACUACGUGUGUUACAGGGGCAUGCUCCAUGUUAUGUUUACGUUAGACAAAGGGCCUUUCUAUGGCAAAGGGGACUGUGUCAACGUAGACGCUCUUCUUGUCAGUACAGAGCGCUUCGCCUUCCAUGUGUUCCGCACAUCCUUCCAGACGUUGCCGUCUGAGUUCAGAUACAUUCGAAAGCAUGAUGAAAUUCGCCCACUUAGAGAAAGCUACACAACUGAAUGA